AUGUCAAUUAAACAACAACGAGAAAGCCUGCCUGUCUUUGCCUUCAGAAACCAGCUCAUAAAAGCCGUCCACGAGAAUCAAAUCCUGAUUGUUGUUGGUGAGACCGGAUCUGGAAAGACCACACAGCUUACCCAAUAUCUUGCCGAGGCAGGCUUUACGAACAAGGGCAUGAUAGGCUGCACCCAACCGCGACGAGUAGCAGCCAUGUCCGUUGCGAAACGUGUUGCUGAGGAGGUUGGCUGCCAACUGGGAGACGAAGUUGGGUAUACCAUUCGAUUCGAAGAUUGUACAAGUCCAUCAACCAAGAUCAAGUAUAUGACCGAUGGUAUGCUGGAACGUGAGAUUCUGAUGGACCCAGACCUGCGUAGAUAUUCGGUCAUCAUGUUAGAUGAAGCCCACGAGAGGACUAUAGCAACGGACGUUCUUUUUGCGCUUUUGAAAAAAACCGUGAAACGACGAACAGAUCUCAAGAUAAUCGUCACAUCUGCUACACUGGAUGCUGAUAAAUUUUCAGCAUAUUUCAACGAAUGUCCUAUCUUCACAAUCCCCGGGCAAUCAGAUUAUCUCGACACAGCGCUGGUAACAGUCAUGACAAUUCAUCUGACUGAACCACCUGGAGACAUACUGGUUUUCCUCACAGGAUCAGAAGAGAUUGACACGGCGGCAGAAAUAUUAUACGAGCGCAUGAAAGCCCUGGGCCCUGGCGUUCCCGAGCUGAUCAUUCUGCCAGUCUACUCGGCGCUCCCCAGCGAGAUGCAAAGCAGGAUUUUUGAUCCUGCACCUCCUGAGACCUCUAUUACAAUUGACCAUAUCUACUAUGUGGUGGAUCCUGGGUUCGUGAAGCAGAAUGCAUACGAUCCUAAGCUCGGGAUGGAUUCUUUGGUUGUUACUCCUAUCUCGCAAGCUCAGGCCAACCAACGUGCUGGUCGAGCUGGGCGAACUGCUGCCUACCAGUCUGAGAUGCUUCCCACAACCAUUCCAGAAAUUCAACGGCAGAACUUGGCAAAUACCAUUCUCAUGCUAAAGGCCAUGGGCAUCAACGACCUACUACACUUCGACUUCAUGGAUCCACCCCCUACCAAUACUAUGUUGACAGCUUUGGAAGAGUUAUAUGCCCUGUCAGCAUUAGAUGACGAAGGUCUCCUAACUCGUCUGGGUCGCAAAAUGGCCGAUUUCCCUAUGGAGCCUGCUUUAGCCAAGGUCCUCAUCGGUGCAGUCGAUAUAGGCUGUUCAGAUGAGAUGCUUAGCAUUGUCGCGUUGUUGAACCUUCCCAACGUCUUCUAUCGCCCCAAGGAGAAGCAAACGCAGGCCGACCAAAAGAAGGCCAAGUUUCACGACCCCCAUGGGGACCACCUCACCCUUCUCAACGUUUACAAGGCCUGGAAGAACAGCGGCUACGCAGCAGCUUGGUGCUUCGAGAACUUCAUUCAAGCACGUUCGAUGAAGCGCGCUAAAGAAGUUCGAGAGCAGUUGACGAAAAUCAUGGAACGGUACCGACACCCUAUCGUUUCUUGUGGCAGAGACACCAAUAAGGUCAGACAAGCUUUGUGUUCUGGAUUCUUCCGCAAUUCGGCGAGAAAGGACCCGCAAGAAGGGUAUAAGACGUUAGUUGAAGGAACGCCAGUGUACCUGCACCCAAGCUCGGCGCUAUUCGGCAAGCAGGCGGAAUGGGUGAUCUAUCACACGCUAGUUCUCACUUCGAAGGAAUAUAUGCAUUGCACGACAAGCAUUGAACCGAAGUGGCUCGUCUCAGCAGCUCCGACUUUCUUCAAGCGAGGUCUGUCUGGCCGGACGCCACGCACUCGUUCCCGGGUCUAA